CGUAUCCGAGACACCAACAAGCAUGGCUGUACAGAACGGUUCAUUAUCUAAACUGCAGUCUCUGAAUGGUAUAUUUGCUAUUUAUAAGAAACAGGGACCCACCUCGGCAGAUGUGUUAAACACACUAAAGAUGGCUCUUUUAAAAGAGGCUGGUGUUGCAAAUCCCAACCCGCGCAAAAGGAAGAAGCAGCCUUUAAAGAUUGGACAUGGCGGCACCCUGGACAGCAAUGCUGCUGGUGUACUUGUGGUUGGAAUUGGUGAAGGAACCAAGAUGCUCACCACCAUGCUCGCAGGAUCAAAGAAAUACUCCGCUGUUGGGGAGUUAGGCAAAGCAACUGAUACUCUUGACGUCACAGGAAGUGUUGUUGAAGAGAAGAGUUAUGAUCACAUCACAAAAGAAUCUUUUGAAGGGAAGUUAAAGGAGUUUACUGGGGAAAUUAUGCAGGUUCCACCUCUAUAUUCAGCUCUGAAGAAGGAUGGCAAGCGCAUGUCUGUUCUGCUGAAGCAAGGUCAAGAGGUUGAGGCUAAACCUGCACGUCCAGUCACAGUAUACAAUCUGUCUUUACAAGACUUCAGCCCUCCGCUCUUCACCAUAGAUGUUGAGUGUGGAGGCGGGUUUUAUGUCAGAAGUUUGGUUGAUGACCUCGGAAAAGCUCUGUCAUCUUGUGCUCAUGUCAAGGAACUGACCCGGACCAAGCAAGGUCAGUUCACCUUGGAGGAGCAUGCAUUGAGGGAGGAUCGCUGGACAUUGACAGACAUCACACAGGCUCUGCAGCCCUGCCCAGAGCCAACAGGGCAUGAAAAGAAUGCCAAGAAAGCUAAAUCAAAGGAUAAACCCAACCCAUCUAAAUCUAAGGGUGAUGAUGGAGAUCAAAACAAAGAUUAAAAGUGCUUAAACACUCCAUGUAACAAACUACUUUCUCAGUGAGAGAAUUGUAGGAAAUUGCCUUGUCCACUUUGAUUUGAUCUGGCUUCUCUGCCGCAACCCUUGUGCAUCCCUCUGCAUGGCCAUAUAUGGUACUUUGUUAUUGAGGAUAAGACAGGUGGCGUCAGUGUAUUGAAGUUGGUGAAUUCAGUGGAGUGCAUAGUAGAGGUAAUCAAGUUCAAUUAUCGGAAGCAAAGCCACUGAAGUUUCAAAGUGCAUUUUUAUUAUUAUUAUUGUUUCAUUAUGAAAGCCACUUGGCUGUAGUUCUUAUGGCGCCAUGGGAAAUAAAUUCUUUAUUUUUCAUACAAUGAAAUAGAUUGUGGUAAGGCUAAAAUGCACUUAUUUUGGUGACAGAACGCCUGUUGGCACUGACAUGAUGUCAAUAAUUAUGUAAGCCCAUAUAUGUUGUAGCUGUAGUGGGCUUUUUUGUUUUUUAUCAUUACAGCAGACAGCAGGGGCCAAUGCACCUAAUGUUAUUUUGGUUUAUUAAUAAAUACCCAUGUCCUGUAA